CGUUUAUCUGGCCAAACCGCACCGUCCACACCCUACUGACAGCAUCCUCCAUCAAUAGCCAUUUCCUCCAUUGUCAUCUUCUUCUAUCAAUUCACAUUUCAAUCCCAAAUCCCAAACCCAUUCCACAAUGCUCAUAUGAAUCAAUUUCUUUGUAUUCAAUUCGAUUCGUGAUCGAUUCUGUUGAUUUUAAAAAAUGGAGCUCUUCCUAAAAGCGAAAUCGAUUCGUCUUCGAAGCUACCACGACAAGUACUUAUUAGCCGACGAUGAUCAAGAAUCGGUCUGCCAAGAUCGCCACGGCUCGGUCAAGAGAGCCAAAUGGAAUGUCGAAUUCGUCGAAGGCAUCGACAAUGUGAUCCGAUUAAAGAGCUGUUACGGCAAAUACCUCACCGCCACAGACGAGCAAUUCCUCCUCGGCGUAACGGGUCGGAGAGUGGUUCAAUCGAUGCCGAGAAAAUUGGAUUCGAAGGUCGAAUGGGAACCAAUUCGAGAUGGGCUUAAGGUUAGACUCAAAACGAGGUACGGUAAUUAUCUGAGAGCAAAUGGGGGGUUACCACCGUUUAGGAAUUCGAUUACGCAUGAUAUUCCUCAUAGGCAUACUGGUUGGAUAAUGUGGGAAGUUGAUGUUGUUGAGUUGCUGCCGGAACCACCGCCACCUAAAAAACUUCAACCGCCGCCGCCUGCGGUGGCGUCUGAUUCUGGGUCAGAACCCAGCUCGCCUACUAUCCAUCUUAGGUCUCCCAGAUCGGCUAGAAUCGAGUCAAGUGAUUCAAUUGGUGGUUCAUCGGUGAAGUCUGAAGGCCGGAUUAUUUCUUACAAUGUAGUGGAUGACAAUGGGAAGAUUGAGGAGGGCAAGGAAGCGCCUUCUUUUAAUUUUAAGGGACAUGGUUUGGAGGAACUGACUGAAAAGUUGGAGGAAGAAACAGGGCUGGAGGAUAUAAUUGUAUGUUUGCGUAAUCCACUGAAUAAAAAGCUUUAUCCGCUUCGGUUAGAUCUUCCUCCAAACAAUGCAAACAUGCAUAUUGUUGUGGUUCCAUCUACUUCCAAAGUUUAUGUUUACUUUACCAGCGGCAAGAGAUUUUGCACCAUAGAUUCGCACUUCAACUUGACCUGAGCGUAGAGCACUUGGUACAAUAUAUGCCUCAACAUGUUCUAUACAUUUGGUCUGAAACCUGCUUGCAGUUGCAGAGAAAAAGUGGAAUGAAGCCACGAGUUGAUUGUGUUGCUUGCACUUACUGAAAACAAGUGGAAUGAAAACAAGAAUGCUUCAUCGCUUGAACUGGGAGAGAAACACCAACAUUUUGUGGACACAGGUUGUGGCAUAAAAAACCUAGUCAUUGUACUUUUGUGCGUGACUCAAUCAAAAAUUGCAAGUAAUUUAUGUUUGGUGACUCAUUUCUU